AUGGACUUGGAUCAAUUUUAAGAAAACUUACUGACAUAGAUAAAGAAAUUCACGGAACAAAUCAAAUAAAAUGUUUCGAAAGACUAAAUAUCAUUAGACAGAUUUAAAAAUCAUUUUUUAUUUAUAUCCAAUCAAAUAAAUAACUAAUUAGACAAACUAAAAAGUAUAAUAUUUUUUGAUUCUUCUAAUGUGGCAGAAGAGUAAUACAAAAAAGAAAAGUAAAAAAACUCGCAAGAUAUAAAAUCGCUUGUUUAAAAAUUAAGUAAGUAAGUGAGAGCUAGUUUAGAGUAAAGAGGAGAUUUCUUUUUUGAGAAUGUUGAAUUAGAGAAUUUUGAAGCUCCUGCAUUAGUUUUUAAAAAGUUUACUAAUUGUUGUGGUUAUUUUUAAAUGAAAGAUGAGUAGAGAAAUGGAAGAGGAAUUGAGUUUUUUGACUCAGGUGCUUUUUAUGAAGGGUAUUUUAAAAAUGACAAGGCUUGUGGAAAGGGAUACUAUAUAUCUUCUACUGGAUUAAUUCACUAAGGGUAUAAUAAAGAUGAUGCCUAUCAAGGAUAUGGAGAGUGGCCCUUAUAAGAAUCAUAUAUAGGUGAACAUGAUGAUAAUCAAGCCAAUGGUUAUGGAAAAAAAUUCUACAAAAAUGGUGAAAUAUAUCAUGGAUUUUGGAAAGAUAAUAAAAGAUUUGGAUAUGGUGAAUUAUAUAGCAAAGGUUCAUUAAUUAGCAGAGGUAUAUAUCACAAUGAUAAAAUAAUAAAGUAGAUUUGA